AUGAGCAACGAACCACUCGGACGACGUGUAGUUAUUGCUGUUGACGGUAGCUUACACUGUCAUCGAGCCUUCAACUGGUACGUAAAAUAUAUCCACCGAAAGAAUGACUUUGUCUUUUUCGCCCACGUCAUGCAACCAAAGUCCUCUCAUACAGAUGUGAUUGUAACCGUGGAUUAUCCAGAGAGCAUAACUCAAGUAACGAAAGAUUUUUCACUUAAUUAUACUGAUCCUGCUGCAACGACGUUGAAGUAUGCCAAACUAGCGGAGGCAGCUGGUGUCACUGAUUUUAAGACUGAAAUCUUGGCCAAUUCGUCGGUUGGUGAAGCUGUUCUACGUUUGGCGACAGAAUGUCAGGCUAAUAUAAUCAUUGUGGGAAGUCGAAGUGCUGGAACAUUCCGCCGCACACUGCUUGGUGAUGUAUCGCGUUACCUUGUCACCCAUUCCAAUAUACCUGUCUUGAUGGUCCCUAAUGCUAGUCGUUCCACAUCUUUUAAUAUUACGGACUAA